AUGUCCAAAGUGGGAGUCACUCAGUUGCAAAAGCGCCUCGAUGGUUUGCUGGCAUUCCUCAAUCCUCACUGGGAUUUCGUCAAUUGCCACAUGGUGAACUACUUGACGGACCAACACUGGACGGUCUUUCUUCCCGAGGCUUUGAGAAGGGAGAUUUCAGGCCAGGAGGAUGUGAAUCUGGCCAUAGAAGACUUAUUUUGGUCUGAAGGAAAUGAAGUAGGAAAAAGAUUCCCAGAAUGGAGGGGUUUCCUGGAGAAAGGCAAGCAGGAACGGCUGGCGUUUCAUCCAGAAUUGCUAACCAAAGUGGAGGAACUGCUCGAGGGACAGGAGAACGCCGCUCAGCUAAGCAUCCGGGAGUUUAUGAGUGCCAAAAAGUGUCACGAGGUGGAACUCACAGCCGCUCUAGUGGACCAUCUCGUGAAGAAUUCCAGGCAAGCCAGCUACAUUGUGGAUGCGGGCGAUGGCAAGGGCUAUCUCUCCUCCCGCCUGGCGCUCCAGUAUGGCCACCGUGUGCUCGGCAUCGAUGCCAAUGCGGAAAACACACAGAACGCCCUCAGCCGCAAUCGCAAACUUCAGCGCGCUUGGAAUGGCCUCACGGAACGAGCGGAGCUGCAGAGCCAAGGAAUCACCCCCAAGAGGCGGGGCAAAAAGUCACCCACCAGGGACACCACAAAGAGCGCUCCCGCCUUGGAAAACUACAAAACAACGGCCAGAUUUAUAACCACCGAACUCAACUUUGGCGCCCUGCUGGGGGAGCAUUUUCAGCAGUUACCACAAGAAGAUAGCCCCAAUAUUUGCCUGACUGGAUUGCACACCUGCGGGAAUCUAGCCGCCACCUGCCUGCAGGUUUUCCAUGCCCAAAAAGACUGCCGGUUGCUGUGCAACAUUGGCUGCUGCUAUCACUUGCUAAGGGAACGCUACUCGCAGCAGGAAUUCUUCGGGAACAAGGGCCUGAUGGACAUGCAAACGGACUACGGAUUCCCGCUGAGUCGGUAUCUCCAGGAGCGGCAAGUGCGCAUGGGUCGCAAUGCCCGGAUGCUGGCGGCCCAGUCAAUAGAACGCACCUUGGAUGCCAAGGAGCUGCCGAACGUAACGCUCUACUAUCGGGCUCUUUUGGAGAUCCUCGUUUGCCGCCAUGCUCCGCAGUUGAAGAACGAACUGCAGGUGGGCAAAGUGCGAAAGUUCGAGAGCUUCCAGGAAUACAUUAAGAAAUGUGCCACAAAAUUGGAUGCUCCUUGGUUGGCUGCCAUCGAGGAGGACGAGCUUCAAUCCCUGCUGCAGGAAUAUGCCCUAGAUAAGCACUAUUUGGACCUGUUCUAUCUGCUGCGCAUGUCCUUUGCUCCUGUACUGGAGAGCUUGAUCCUUCUCGAUCGCCUGCUGUACCUCAAGGAACUCGGCUAUGAACGCAGCUAUCUUAUAGAUUUGUUUGAUCCCGUCAUUUCGCCCAGGCACUUCGCAAUUGUUGCUAUAAAGCCACCGACGUAACUAUUUUGACAUGGAAUAAUGCAUCAAAAGUUUGACAGGGGAAGCCGGUUCUGCGCAAUCGUUAAUUAAUGAUAAGCAUGCAAUAGUUUUGAUACAGUGUACGUAAUAUAUCCAGAUGUAAAUUUCCAGCUUAUGUAAAUCAUAAAAGUUAAAAUCU